GCAGAAAAACACAAGUUGCCGUUGCUGCAGCCUGCUCGGAUUUCCAACCACCUGUGUUGAUAGCAGUGUGUGAAGCAUAAUAUCAAAUUCAAUUAGUCGUCCCGAUUUGGAUUAUAUAUAGAAUAUCGGCUGCAACUCAGAUGGGUGCAGAUCAUUGACUGUUGUGGGCGAAAUAUCUGCAUGGAACUCCAAGCAGCACAUGCUUCCCGAAUCGUGAUAUUUAUCUUUUUACUAAUCACUUGCUACGUAUUUCUUGCCAAAGGUGCUCCUACAUUAGAAGCGACCCCUCUAGAGCCCCUGCUGGCAGUGGCUGGGGAUGCUGUUCUUAUAGACUGCGUAGUCAAAAAUCUGCAAAAUUAUACGAUAAUAUGGAGAAGAGUCGUUCCAGGCUCAAACAAAACAGAAAUUUUAAGCGCAGGUGAAGUCCGUAUCAUACCUGAUUCCAGGUUUUCUCUGCUGCACCAAAAAGGCCAUGAAACAUGGGUGCUGCAGAUACAAAAAGCACAAGUGAAUGAUUCGGGAAGAUAUAUCUGCGAGGUGAACACAAAUCCCAGAAUGCAGAUAUACCGACUUCUUUCGGUAGUAGAAAGGAUACCUAGUAAUAAUAAAGCAUUUCCUGUGGAUCAUAAUUAUACGAAUUGCUGUGUGAAAAAUGGAGUGCCAACAUUUUGUCGAGAAUUCUGCAGCUUACAAUCUGUGAUAAUGGGCGGCCAAUCCAAUCCUUGGCAAUGCAUGGACCAUUUACCAAAAAUAACAAAGUGUCUUACAGAUGGACGCAACCACACUCCUUGUUGUGUAAAACAGAAUAUUCCAGAAGUCUGCCGAUCGGUGUGUUCCGGAAAUUACGCAUUGACCACUGUUCGGCAGCAUUACUCCUGCAUGGAUUACACAGUGCCAACGUUAUCCUGUAUUGCUGAAGGAAUAGAGUUACUACCAGGCCCGCCUCAAGAAGUAACCGUCGAAGCUAUUUCAGACUCUGAAUUGAAAAUAAAAUGGAUGCCACCACUUCAAGAUAUACCUGUAGAGAAGUAUCAUAUUAAUCUUACGUUGGUUAAAGAACUAAGCGAUUUACAAGAACUGGAAUCGGGAAUGGUUGAUCAGAAAAAAGUCAAUAAAAUGCAGAAAAGUGGAUCACCAAAUUCAGUGAAAACUUUCAUGACUGUUCUUGUUGAUGGCAACAAAACUAGUUAUGUUGCAAGUGGUCUACAGCCAGUAACGAUGUAUGAAAUCCAAAUAACAUCCGAAAAUUCUCAUGGUAAAAGUAUGCCGACGAAUGCUGUACGUGCUAUUACUUUAGCUUCACCCAACCAGGAUUCAGAACCUUCUGGUGCAAAUGAAACUUAUUUUGCCCACUUGCCAAAUAUUACAAAAUGCUGCCAAGAGAAAGGUGUACCAGAAGGUAAAUGUUUGAGGAGUUUGUGCGAUCCUGCUGAUGAUGAAGACACAAGGCUAUCCGACGUUCUAAUGUGUGCGCCUUUUGUAAAUAUCACAUUUGAAUGCAUGGCAGGCGGCGCCGAUCAUAGCCAGUGCUGCCAUCAAAGAGGCUUACCUGAAGUUUGCUUAGAUUUUUGUAGAGGUAAUGUCACGCAACUGGAUUAUCGCCAUUUUGUUUGCCUCGAUCACAUAGACAUCUACGGUAACUGCUUGUUGGAAUAUUACAAAGUACUACCAGGUCCUCCAGAACAAUUCCUGGUGUCCAUGGUUCACUCCCGUUGGGCUGUGCUCAAGUGGAGCCCACCAAGCUUUCUACCUCAAACAGUCCUAAAUUACGUCUUGUAUUGGAAGGAAGUGGCAAUGGAUGAAAUCAUCGAAUAUAAUGUGGUCAACGAUGUGAAAUCCCCCCACCUGUUGGACAACUUGCAACCAAAAACAAGAUACGAGGUAUACGUCGCAGCUAAGAAUGCUUUCGGUUUGAGCAGAGGAUCUGUACGAGCUGUCUUUACGACUUCUCCGGAAGUGGAUCCAGUGCAAAAGGCUAUUGAUGAGAUUCCCGUAUACAACGAAACUGCAUGUUGCGAAAAGGCUGGACUGAAAAAAAUAUGUUUCGGUCUUUGCACCUACAACAUGAAAAUGGCUGACCUGCAAAGUUUCGCUAUAAUGUGCAGUGAUCAGUUGGAAAUCUUAGUGCGAUGUGGAGCAGGGGGUCGUGAUCAUGCGCCUUGCUGUCAACGUAGAGCAGUCCGAUGGGAGUGCAUUCCUAUUUGUUCUGGUAUCUUUGAUAUGUCUCCACAAGCUCUUGUCACCACCUGCAUGUCAGAUACAGGAAAUAUUAUUCAGUGCAUGGCUGAAGGAACUGAAAUUUUACCACCACCACCAGAAGAUUUACGUGCGAUAAGCAUUUUACCGACGAGGAUACUUGUGAAAUGGAAUUUCCAUAACACGACGCCAGACAUCGUGUGGUUCGAAGUACGCCACAGUGAAUUGAAAAACGACAGAUUGCCUCCUCAUCCUCUAGAAUAUGACUUUAUGAAAAAUACAUCAGAUACGGAAUUGGAAAUAACACGGCUGAAGAAUAAUACACAUUACUCCAUCUUCGUUUCAGCUUUGAAUAAGCAUGGUUCUUCUUUGCCAUCUCUUAUGCUAAUAGUUCAUACGCCUGGCAGGGAUGAAAUUUAUAAUGAGACAGUAAUAGGAACUCUAAGUCCGCCACAUUCUCUAGAAGUGAUUCAUCAAACAAUGGACUACGUAUCUUUGAAAUGGCAAGCACCUUUUCAUGUGCCAGCCAGUUCUUCUCUCAGCUAUAUCGUUCUCUACCAACCAGCCAAUGCUAGCCGAGAAAUAGAAGAUUCUCCUUUCCGCCAGGCUACUGUUAAUAACUACAUCACACUAGAUAAUCUCACUGUAAAUACCCAAUAUGCCAUCGCAGUCAGAGCCAGAUCUAGACAUGAAGAAAGUCCUUUGUCUGAAAUUAUCUUGGCUUGGACAGAUCCUGCUAUUCCAGCCUUUCUCAAUCCUCCGGUAGUUGUACCUCCAGAGACAAUAGUCGAAGGCGCUAAUGUGACUCUUUUGUGCGUAGCAACGGGUAUGCCCGUUCCUACAGUAUCAUUAUUCCUAAACGGAGAGCUUAUGGUUCAACAGCAGCAGAGUCAUGUAGCUCUUGUUGUUCCCAAUAUUCAACAUAAUAUAACAAAAGUAGAAUGUUUUGCAGAUAAUGGACUUGGCCAAGGUGCUCAAAGCUCGACGUCACUGGAAGUGCAUUUCAAGCCUCAUGCUGAAGCAUUAGAUAAGCGAAUUCCUGCAGAAGAAGGAAGCUCAGCAACAGUUAGAUGUCUAGUUUCAGGGCAUCCUGAGCCGCGAGUUCUCUGGUACAAAGACAGCAAAUCGAGAGAUCCUUUAACUAAAGGUCCUGAAUAUGAUUUGGCCAUGAAACCUUAUAAUCAAAAAUUAUAUACAUAUCUUGCAACACUCACGAUACCUCAAGUGACAACUGUUCACGAAGGACAAUAUUUCUGUUACGCUGAAAACCAAUAUGGAUAUGACCGAGUAUUUGUAAACUUGGAUGUUUUACCAAAACUUUACAGUAAUGCCUCUG